UGACAUACUUCCUCCAACAAGGCCACACCUACUUCCACAAAGCCACACCUCCCUCACACACACUACUGCUCAAGUAGUGUCACUCCCUGAUGACUAAGCAUUCCAAAUAUUUGAGCCUGGGGAGCAAGUGUGUGUGUGUGUGUGUGUGUGUGUGUGUGUGUGUGUGUGUGUGUGUGUGUGUGUCUUAUUCAAAUCAUUACAGGAACCCAGGGGAAAGGGACCAAAGGAAUGACCAUCCUGCGUGUGGUUAUUCCUGCCUCUCUGCAGAUGCUGGGUAUCACAGAAUACUCACUCUGUCUCUCACACUCCGAUGCUGGAGGCAAUUAGGCUUCGAUGUGGUCUAGAAGAGGGAGCCUCUGAUAGCAUCAGUGUCCUAGCAGAAGAGUGGAAGACAGAGAGCUUUCUCUGUCUCUGCAUAUGAGGACACAGCAAGAAAGCGCUCAUCUACAAGCACAAGGUGGCCACCAGUGGGCAGGAAAUAGCCAGCCAGAGGCUGGAAGUGAUCGUCGGCUGGCAGAAAGUAGCAUUCACCAGGAGCUAAAUCUAUCAGCACCUUUGAUCUGGGCCUCUCCGGCCCUAGCUGUGAGAACCCAAUAUCUUAUUGAAGCUUCUCCCAUAGUGGUAUUCAGUGGUGGCAGCUCAUGAUGGUUCAGGAGAUGCCCUAGAAUCUUCCUACCCCACCGACUUGGGUUGCAGAGGACAAUGAUCCCUUCUGUGCAUGAACCUAGUAGCCCAGGAUUUCCCUUUUGCUGAGUGGGCACAAGAGAGGCAGUGAGGGACCCCACAUCCAGGAAACUGCAUGAGCUGUCCUCGCUUCUAUGAAAUCUCCUGUCCAGGGAUCCACAAAGCAGUCAGAGCCCAUGGGAAUCCAUGAGCAGAGGUUACCCCUCGGGGUGUAGAGAAGCUUGAAGUGUGGUCUCAGCUCAUCAGAGGAACUGGCUCUGCACUCAGAUUAAUGCUGAAAUGUAGAGCUGACUUUGAUAAGAGACUUUCGUCUGCUGAACUACAACCUUGCUGGAUGCCAGGUUGUUGCUUCCUCUGGUGAUCUGUUUUUAGCUGUGGAUGUUCAGGCUUCAAGAUGACCCUGUCCAGAGAAACUCAGCCCUGGUCUCCUGGGGGAGAGUGAUUUCCUAGGAGGUUCGUCCUCCCAUUUGAUUAAACCAAAGAUAACUCCACACAAACCACCCAGAAGGAUGGUCCUAGUGCCUUAAUUGCAUUAGUACCUAUGCCAGAAUCUGAUCUGAGUCCUGGGCUUCGGUCCUCUGUCCCCCAAGACUUCUCACAGAUGGCUCAGACAGAACAUUCCUUUUCUAGAUAAUUUGGCCUGGGCAUGAUCCAAAUGGGGCUGCUAUCUCAUGAAGUAACCUGCAGAGCCUAACCCAGGCUAUUUUGAGGUUUAAGGGUGAGGUAAGCAGCACCAUAAGCUCUUUUAGAUGCUCUAGCCUGCCUCAGAUUAGAGGGUCAAAAAGAGCAAGAGACCUAUCCGCAGCACACAGCACGCAGCUAGGCCAACACACAUUUAAAAUCACCAUGAGUUUCUUCUCUUGGUUUUAAUGUAGUAAAUAUAUAUCAAAGUUUAAUCACUGUUUUUUUUUCCAUGAUGCCUGGUUCAUGUUUUAAAAACUUUAAUAACACAGGUGGCCAGUUUUAGCAUUGACGUAUUUGUCGGCUCGAGUUCUUGGGGUAUAAGUGAAUGACUAAUCUGUGUCCCUGUCUUCUGGUCUGGCUUAACCUAUGGGGAGAGGCCUAUCCAGAACCCUGCCAGAUGCCUCCCCCACUGUGACAAUGGGUGGCCAAGAGCUUGGGAGCCAACCGUGCUGCUUGGAGACGGGGUAGGGUGUCGCAUCUCACAGCAGGUGUUCUCUCCAUCUGUCCUGCCAACCGUGCACCUUCCUUCCUGUUGGGAGCAAAGCCAUCUGCAUCCCGGAGCUGCACGUCUGUCUGUGGAGGCUAUGAGAGGCUGGCAAUUGGAUCUCCCCAGCCACCCAGAGCCUUCCUCGGUGAGGAAGAGACACCAAUGGACUGAGCUCAAGGUCCCCCAGACUCUGGGAUGCAGGGAGGCUUCAGAGCGGCUUUGGGUCCUUCUGUCUCAAGGCAUAGAUACUUUUUGAGAUGUUGACUUAGGGAUUAAUGUAAGGAGGCUGAAGGACUAGACAGACUGAUGGAGUCCUGAGCAGACAUUUUAAAGGGGUGACUUCCCUGUGAGCUGGAUGACCCCAAUAACAAUGAGUGAAGUUGGGAAGGUAGUAUCAGGGGACCAGGAUACCUGGCAGGGGGUAGUAUUGGACAUUCCAAGAAGGCUGUCUGGUUGCUGCAUAGGAUCUCAGCAUGCUCUUGACCCUAAACAGCUUUGCAGGUCCUCAUUUGUGGAAUGAAAUAAUUCCGCUCUCCUUUGUCACAAUGCAGAGGAACCAACACCAUGGGAGUGACCGUCAACUGUAGUCACCGGUGCCAGGGGUUGGGGGAAAGACAUAUGCUUUCCAUCAGAGGAUGAUCUUUGUAGCUGGACGGGGUUGCUCCAUCCUGUAGAGGAGAGGAUGGUGUGGUUCAGGCCGCAGUGGCAUGCAUGCAUCCUAAAGCCUUCUGUCUUAAACAGGUCUUUCUCCUGGUUGGUGGGAUAAUAUGGUAAGCCACCAUCAUCUUCCUGUGAGUCAGUUUGGUCUGCGUUUCAGGAAGGACUAAGUAUCUUAGGAGGCCUCAAGGUAUCGGUGGGGUAACCACUCUUCCUAGACCAGGACCCCAGGUGUCACUCUGCCCUUGUUACAGUGGACAAAGGGGAAACCUCUCUGUAUCCCGACUUCUUAUUAUAAAAUAGAGUCACGUUCAGCACACAGACAUCUCUCUGGGCGUCUCCUGGGAGAAGCAGAGCCAUACAGCCUCCCAGCUUAGCUGUUGGCCAUUCCAAGACUGUAGGCGCCUGCUUACUUCAUGACUUGGUUUACCUAUAAAAUAAGACCAUGAUGUCACAUUCCUCAUAGGUAACAGGAAGUGAGUCCAUUCUCAUGACACACGUAGACUCAUCAGAGUCUUUAUUCCAUAAGUGGCAGGAGAGCUUGAAGAGGCAGGGAGAAGCCUGGCGCACUCCUAGAACCCAGCACUUGGGAGACUGACGCAGGAAGAUGGUGGGUUCAAAGCCAGUCGGGCUAUAUAGUGAGACUGUCUCCCCCCCUCCCCCCAAAAAUAUAUAAAAGCAGGAGACAAUCUUGAGAAAGAAUAAUGAAGUUAAAGAAUUACGUGUCCUCUUUCUAUACAUUAUCAGGGCAGAAGUCUUAGAAGUAUGUGCGUGGUGUGAUAUGUUUUGCAUGCGCGCACUGUGUGUGUGGAAUGGUGUUUGUGUUACAUGUGUUAAGUGUGAGAGUGUUAUGUUUUAUGUGUGUAUGGUGUUUAUAUGAGUGUGUUGUGUAUGUGAUUCAUGUACCCAUCCAUGUACAUGCACAUAGACUAGAGAAGACAUCAGGUCCCUUGAUAUAUUAGUGUCCACCUUACUACUCGGAGACAGAGUGAUGGUUUGAAUAAUCAUGGCCCCCACAGGCUUACAUAUUUGAAUGCUUAGUCACCAAGGAAGUGAUGCUAUUUGAGGAUUAGGUGGCAUGAGCUUGUUGGAGGAAAUGUGUCACUGGGAGUGGGCUUUGAGGUUUCAUAAGUCCAUGGCAGGCCAAGUCUGUCUGUCCAUCCAUCCAUCCAUCCAUCCAUCCAUCCAUCCAUCCAUCCAUCCAUCUUUCUAUCAGCUACCUGCCUGUGGAUGAGGAUGUAGCUCUCAACCACUUCUCCAGCACCAUGUCUGCCUGUGUGCCACCAUGCUCCCUGCCAUGAUGAUAAUGGGCUAAACCUCCGAAAACGUAAGCAAAUCUCCAGUUAAAAGUUUUCUUUUAUAAGAGUUGCCUUGGUUGUGGUGUCUCUAUAGAACAGAACAGAACAGAACAGUGACUAAGGCGCAGAGUCUCUCACUGAGCCUGGGACAUGGCUGGGAACCAUCCAGCCACAACGAUCCUUCUAUCUCCACUUUUUAUUGCACUGGAGUCAGAGGACAAACCCAGCUUUUUAUAUCAGUGUUAGGGCCCACCCAAGCUCAGGUCAUCUCCUUGCCCAGCAAGCAUUCCCAACUGCUGAGCCCUUGUUCCACCCCAGAACUAAAUUCUGCAACAUACCUGGGCAACAGGUAUUUGACAAAGGUGCCAGGGAAAUUGAAUUGGGGAUAAACAUAUUUUUGAGUAAAUGUUGCUGAAAUCAGUGGAUAUCCAAAUACAAAAGAAUGAGAUGUAGUGCACACAGACUAACUCAGGGUGCAUCAUAGACACAGAUGCAAAACUGAUAAGGCAUGUGGAAUAAAACGAAGGGGAAAAUCUUCAUAGCCUUAAGUAAGGCAGAAUCUCAGACAUGGCAUCAAAGCACAGGUGACAGUGGGACAGUCACGUUUGACUCUAUCAAAAUCAAAAGCUUUUGUCCGUCAAAGAACGCCACCCAAUAGACAAAGAGGCAGUCGACAGAGUGAGAGACAAUGCCCUGCAAACCACAUAUUUGACUAAAAAUUUGUAUCCAGAAUAGUGCAUUUUUUAAAUGGAUGGACAUGAUACCUCUCUUCAGGACUUAUUAUAGUUUAUGUGCCUGAGUGUUUUGGCUAUACAUAUGUAUGUGCUCCAUAUGCAUGCAGUGCCUGAAGAGGCCACAAGAGGGCAUCAGAUUCCUCAGGAACUAGUGUUAAGAGGCCUGGUGGGGCAUCAAUGGGAGGAGAGGCCCUUGGUCCUGUGAAGACAAGAUGCCCCAGUGUAGGGAAAUGCCAGAGUGGGGAGGCAGGAGUGGGUAGGUGGUAGAACACCCUCCUAGAAGCAGGGGGAAGGGGAAUGGGGGAGGGUUUCUUUUUGGGAGGGGACUGGGAAAGAGGACAACAUUUGAAAUGUAAAUAAAGAAAUUAUCCAGUUUAAAAAAAAAAGAAGUUGUGAGCCACCUGAUGCAGGAAACUGAACCCAUAUCCUUGGCAGAGCAGUAAGUGCUCUUAACUGCUGAGCCAUCUCUUUAGCCCUCAAGAGCUAUUAAUAGCAGAGAAAGUAUCCACUUUAUAAAUGAACAAAAGACUCCAAUAAACCUCUCUCCGAAUAGGAAUUUCUCUCAGACAUACUAACAGCCACUGAGAGAAUGCAAAGGUGCAUCUUUAACAUCUUUAGCCUCACUGGCCCUUAGAAAUGGAUGCAGGAAAUAAAAACGCAAUAGCAACUUAGGCAAAAAUGCAGAGAAUUGGAACCCCUGUACAUUGUUGAUGGACUAUCAAUGGCACAGCCAUGAUAGAAAUGCCUGGUAGCUCUUCAGACAAUUAAACGUAGAGUUAACCUAGGAAAUCCCAGUUGAGUAAAUACCCAGGAGAGAUGAAAACAUACAUCCGUACAAAAUUCUGUCCAUGACAUUCACGCUUCAACAUCCAUGAGGAAACAAUAACCAUCCCUCAGGUUGGUGACCUAAGCCUAUGAUGCGAAGAAUAGUGCAUUUUUUAAAUGGAUGGAUAUGAUACCUCUCUUCAGGACUUAUUAUAGUUUAUGUGUCUGAGUGUUUUGGCUAUACAUAUGUAUGUGCUCCAUGCAGCGGUAAAAAUGAGCGGGCGCUGACAUGUGAUACCCAGUGGUGGACCGUGCAGGCACAGUGCUACGCUAUGUAUCCCAUGAGUCUUUGCGCACAGUGCUACGCUAUGUAUCCCAUGAGUCUUUGCUGUAUCUAGGAUGUGCUAAGCAGAGCAGGAGGCACAUUUGUGAACAGGGAGCCAUUUCUAAUGGGUCAGCACCGAGGCUGCGGUGAUGGAGCAGGAUCCCAAGAAUGCGCGGAGGCAGCGGCACCGCACACCUGCAGCUCCAACGAAUGCAGCUGCUGUGUAAGGUAUAUCCGCACCAUGUACCUGGGGAUUCAGAGCCAGCGGCAGAAGGAACACCAGCGGCGCUUCUACUGGGCUAUGAUGUACGAAUAUGCAGAUGUCAACAUGCUGCGCCUCCUGGAGACCUUUCUGGAGAGCGCCCCCCAACUGGUGCUACAGCUCUGCAUAAUGAUCCAGAAGAACAGUGCAGAGACGCUGCCCUGUGUCUCCUCUGUGACUUCCCUGAUGUCCCUGGCUUGGGUGCUAGCUUCCUAUCACAAGCUGCUGCGGGACUCCAGGGACGACAAGAAGAGCAUGAGUUACAGAGGGGCCCUCAUCCACCUCUUCUGGCGCCUCUUCACCAUCUCAUCCCGAGUUAUCUCUUUCGCCCUCUUUGCUUCCAUCUUCCAGCUGUAUUUCGGGAUCUUCGUGGUGGUGCACUGGUGCGCCAUGGCCUUCUGGAUCAUCCAUGGUGGGACAGACUUCUGCAUGUCCAAGUGGGAGGAGAUCCUCUUCAACAUGGUGGUAGGGAUCGUGUACAUUUUCUGCUGGUUUAACGUCAAGGAAGGGCGGACUCGAUACCGAAUGUUCGCAUACUAUACGAUAGUCUUGACCGAGAAUGCUGCCUUGACGUUCCUUUGGUAUUUUUACAGAAAUCCGGAGAGCACUGACUCCUAUGCCGUGCCAGCACUGUGUUGUGUCUUCGUUAGCUUUGUGGCUGGGAUUACGCUCAUGCUCUUAUACUAUGGCGUGUUGCAUCCCAUGGGGCCGCGGGCUAAGGUCUUUGCCAGCUCCUGUUGUGCCGAGCUGCUCUGGGGCAUCCCUUUGCCCCCUGAUGUUGAGCCUAUGGCACCUCAGACCCCUGGGUACCGGGGGACCCAGGUCACGCCCACCAGAGCCGUGACGGAACAGCAGGAGGACCUCACGGCUGAUACUUGCCUGCCGGUAUUCCAAGUGAGACCCAUGGGGCCCUCUACCCCGUCAGGGCGUCCUUACCACCCAGAAGGGCCCCUGAUUAAGAUUGACAUGCCAAGAAAGCGAUACCCGGCCUGGGAUGCGCACUUUGUAGACAGGAGGCUGCGGAGGACUAUUAACAUCCUGCAGUACGUCACCCCCACCGCAGUGGGCAUUCGCUACCGAGAUGGGCCUCUGCUCUAUGAGCUGCUGCAGUAUGAGUCUUCACUCUAGAACACCUUGACCCAGAUUGAGAAGGGGACCUUAAGUUUGGUUGCGGUCAACGCCGCCUGCAAGAAAUAUAACCCUCCCUUCCCCCAAUACACAGAACCACCACCACCACCGCCACACCAACAACACCAACACUACAAAAAAGAUCAAUAAGUCACAUCCCCUUCAGAUAAGCUUUCUUUCCAGUCACUAUAUGUAUACAAAGAUAUUCUCUAUGUUUUGUAAGUAAAAACAGAAAGAAAACCUUUCUUUUGUUUUUUACACAUAAGAAACAGUAUUGAAAAAAAAUGAAAUAAUCCCACACUGCAGUUCCUAGGAUGGAGAAGGAAGAGCUAAUCUCCUCUCCAAAACAAACAAACAAACAAACAAACAAAAGUUUUAUACUUUACACCAAGUGUAGAUCAUUUAUGGGAUUGGUGCUGAUUGAGAGAACAAAGCAAAGCAAAACAAAACAAACAAAAACCUUCAACUGCCUUACGCCCUUAGGUGCUGAGUUUCUUUAGGUACUGUCAUGUUUCCUCACAGAAAACUCUCUGGUGACUUUUGUACCAGGAGAGGGAAAAAAAAUUAAAUAAUCAAAUGAAACAAAAUCUACUGACAAAGCAAAUAAACGAAAACAGCAAACAGAUACCAUACCCAAACAAACUUUCCUAUCAAAUGAUUUGUAUUGAAAAACAAGCAAACGAGCAAACAAACAAAUUGACCAAAAAUGAAGGCAUAGAAGCUCUCUCUCUAUUUGGUUUCUCCUGCCCCCUCCCCAUUUUGCAGAGCCUUCUAGAAGCUAAAGGGCUACUUGGAUCUCCACUGGCCAAAAAGCUCCUUGAAGGCUGACUAUGUGCCAUUUUAACAUUUGCCUAGCAACAGUUGCAUUAAUUUCCCGUGCAAAAAACCAAACCAAAACACAAACGAGAAUUAAACUCCCAAACACCCAAUUUGAUAGAUUCUAAAAGCAGAUCAAAGGAGAUGUUCAUAAACGCCAUCAAAGAGAAUCAGCAAUGAUCAAACUCAGCGUGGUAGCAAAAGGGACGACAUCAAUUUAAAGGCACAAUACUACAAUGAUCUCUUCCGUCAUUUUAAGGCUGAGAAGGGUGUGUGUGUGCGUGUGUUUGUGUGUGUCAUGCGUGACAGUGCGUAAGGCCUCUUCUCUUUUCAUUUGGUGGGAAGCCUUAAAUUGAUCUGGAAAGAAUUUUUCAUUUUUCAUCUGUGCUUUAAAAAAAUAACAUAAAGAGGAACACUAUAAUAUCUAUCUACAUAAAAAAAAAGUCAAACCAUCUUAACCGACCCAUUUCACAGACUGGUGCUUCUGUCAAUGUGGUUGGCUGAGACUCAUUCAGCCUGGUGCAUUUGGGGUGAGUGGACAGUGUGUGUGUGUGUGUGUGUGUGUGUGUGUGCACUCGAGUGCGUGUGUGUAUGUGUGUGUGUGUACACCUGCUGCAAGGUCUUGCCAGAAAUACACAGAACUGAAGUGAGGUACAUGCUGUGGAAGUGGGGGGGGGGGGAGAAGGCUGGAUGGGAAGGUGGGGUAGGUGGCAUCUGUGUGUGGCCAUCUCCCUGGAGAGCAAGUCCCCAUCCCAGCAGCAGAGGCUGAUCAUCCAGGCCCUGUGGCUUUGGUGAGGGUCAGAGUUAAUGGUUUAUUUUCUCACUGUUUAUACCAAGGUGGAUUUCUGGAGGUGUCACAAGUAUGCUUGACCAUUUGUAAAAUUUUUAAUUUAUGUUUGGAAGGUACUGUUCCUUUAAACAGUAUUUCUGUUUUAGGGUAUUAUUUCGAUACCAUUCUAUCUCUACUUGGGCACAAAAAAAAAAAAAAAAAGAAAAAGAAAAAAAAGAAAAAAAGAAAAAAAGAAAAAAGAAAAAGAAAAAAGAAAAGAAAUUUAAUCAUAAAAAGAAAAAUAUCUCCACAAAAGAUAUAUAUGUGUAAAUAUAUAUAUAUCUAUAUAUAUACAUACACAGUAUUUUUAAGUACAUACUGUUAGUCUUUGUUGUCUGUGGUUGCAAUUGGUUUUUAAUUCUGGAUUAACUGUUCAGGGUGCGAGACCUCACACUGAGCUAUUCUUAAGAGAAGUUCAAAAACUGAGAAAAUUUUUUUUGUUUAUGUUUGAGGGAUUUUUAAAUUUUAUUUUAAAUAACUAUUAAAAAAAACAGAAUCAAGUCCCUCCUUGUCACCCUUUCAUGGUUUACCUAAAUCUUCUUUUUCUUUUCUUAAAUCUUUACAACAUUAUAUUAGUUGUGAAACCCUCCUUUGUUCCACCGCCUUAUCUCAUGUGUUGCCACAACUUUGUAGGACCUCCCUUAGAUGGGGUCUUGGGAGGUCCUACCUGGCCCCUGUUCUGGGAAGCAGGACACCACAGAGCACACUUGGGCUGAGGUGAAGAGCAGUUGGGCGGGCUGCCUGCCUGGCAGUGACAGGACGGGGGUGAGAGGGACAGCCUGGAGCUGUGUGCCACGAUGAUGAACUAAGGGAGCUCCCUAUGUGGCCUGUCACAUGCACCUGCUGGGGCUCCACCCAAUCCUCUGCUCAGGCUGGGCAAGGUGAGUCCAUUUGUGGGGUGGCAGGGCAUCCCUUUGGCUAGCUUUGGUCCCAGCGUCUGUCUGUCUCAGGUCUGGAACUCUAUGUGCCAGUGAAUAGCUUCCUUGAAGCUGUUCAGUGCCACAUGUCCCCUCUGGACCUCUGACGCUCCUCUUGGAUGUCUACUUUUAGACACCUUUCCAUUUUAUCUCUUGCUCUUUGACCCCACCAUUGGUUUUAGUCUGCCACCUCUGUUGUGACCACUGUGUCUUUGGCAAGCACGUACAAGUGCAUGUGUUCAUGUUUAUACAAAGCUUAGAAUCCGUGGGUGUUGGCUGAGAACAUCCAGAGUGGGAAAAACAGCUUCCAGCUUAUGGAGGCCCGAGCCAUGGACGGUGAAGGAGGAAGUGCAGCAGUGGAUGUCUUACCAGUCCUUUGCUUCAGCCUUGGUGGGUUUAGGCCCCCUUUCUUCCUUAGUAGCAUUUCUGUCCUUCUCCUGAGCUCCUCCAUCAUGCCUUACCUUUCCCUAUAAUGCACUUGGAAAUCUAUGGGCAGUAUCAGGGAAGACCAGAGAGACAAGAAAAAGGAAGAAGAGAGCCAAACAGCAGAGCCAGGGCAGGAGGAAGGAAGGUUGUAGAGAGACUAGAUCUGUUUCCUCUGGCAGCAUCACCCUCAUCUUGUAGAGAGCCCCAUCUCCAGACUCCAUUGUUCUUAAGCAUUCCUUCACAUGAGGUCUUCUAUUCUUCCCCUUCAGAGGCCAUUGGUGAUUCAAGUGUCACUAAAGAACUUCACACAUUCUCAGUGUCUUCCUCCCAAAUGACCUGGGCAUGCCACAGCAGAACCACUGCACUGAGGCAUAGUGUCAUCACCCCCUGGCAAUCUUCUUUCACUUGGGCAUGUGUCUGGGUGCCUGAUGACCUUUUGUUCCAUGAGUUAAUAAGACUCAUCUAAGCUUUCCCCAGCUGUAACCUACAGUGCUUGCAACAGAAAUCUCUGCACCUAUUUCUUUUCCUGGACCUCUUGAUAGCAAAUACCAACUCGUGAUAUUUAGUUUUGAUAGAUAAAACUGUUGGUACCUUGUUCUUUCUUUUCAUACUGUCCCCCAUCAUACAAUAUGCCUAUAGACUCUCAUAUUUCACUCCCCUAAACCCACAGAAUGAUCGGCUCUAGUAUUCUAAGAAAUGUAGUCCUAUCGGUGCAAAGAGAUUAGUUUUGUUGGUAUUGUUUCUAAAAGCUGUCCCCCUCCACAUACUGGGUGGAUCUGCCUUGGGAAUCUUCAGGUCUUUUAAGGAUAUUGAUAGGUGAGGUUAAGAGGAUCUAAAUCCAUCAAAUCUGCUCCUGUGGACUUCAUUUGCCCCUAAAGUUUCUGAUAUCUCAAACAAAGUGUUUGCCUGCUCUUUAAUAUCAGUCUUGUCCUGUAUUUGGAACCAGGGAUGUUAGGAGGAAUACACAAAGCCCAGGUAGACUGGGGGCCAGGAGACAGUGGACUCCAUCUUUCCUAACUGUCCUAAUCAAGGGAAGACACAUCUCCCCAUAGCUUGGAGGACCUCUGUAUCCUACUCCGCAGAUACAGAAUCACCCAAUUCUUUGUGGUCCCUGUGGCCUCUCAAUAGCAGUGGUCCCCUAGGACCUCAUGGUGCCUAAAAGAGGGCAGAUCCUGUCUGGUUCCAAGGACAACUGUCCUGGUCAUAUGGCCUUUCAUGCUACAGGUUUUAGACCCAAUUUUUAGAGGGACAUAUGGUAUUUUUAAAAGCACCAAGUUAUGUAACUUUCUCUAUUCUUCCUCCAGCCUGAUCUGCUGUCACCACCUAGAUGUGAGUCUCCUUCUGAGAAGCUCUGGGAAGGUCAGGUGCCCCUUCCUCAAUGCAUCUGAGCUCCCUUUACAUUUCCUCGUGCCUGAGAAAGAACUCAUGAUUGCUUUUCCCCUUGUCUAUUCUGUGCCUCGCUACAUGGGUCUCUCAUGAUCCUCAAGCCUUGGAUGCUUCUAGACCUGAGAAAUUUUUUCUCUACCCAUUACCUUAAAACAGAGCUUCUGUGUGCAGGUUUGGGCCCCUGGUGUAUAGAAGGAGUCUAGAGGAGAAUGAAGCUGGAGUGUAUUUAAGAUUCCAACACCCCUGCUGUGCUAAGUCUCAGGUCAGGUAGUCUGUGGAUAGUCAUCUUGCAUCCAUUUGCUCAGUAAUUGGCAAAUACUAAAAUAACUCCACCAGAUUUGGCUGGGAGCAUGGCAUACAGAUUUAACAUGUAAAGGGAAGAGAAGUCAGUGUAAUUCCAUGGAUCCAAGUGGCACUUCUAGAGUUGCUUAGGAAACUGCCAGGGAAAUCUGAGCAUGCCCCAGGGAAUCAUGGGAAAGACAAUACACAGGAGAAAGAGAGGACUCUGAGGAGUCAACCCCUCAGGUACUGCCCAGCAUGCCAGAGAGUGGCUCUGAGCAUUGUGGUCUCAAACACAUAAUGACUCCUGGGCUCCCCUCUUUUUGAGACACAACAUAGCCUCCUGCAGGAAACAAGCUAAACUCAGUCUUUGCUCCAUUCAUCAAGGUCCAGUUGGACAUGAGAUAGAUAUUAUGGGAGCCUCCUCUAGGUUCAAGUAUGUCCUUAACCCUCACUCUUUUUCUCAAACUGAGCCCUGUGAUAGUUUGGGUAGACUUCCUUUCUCAUCUAUAGCCCAGCCUCUGGAAUGUGGUUACCCAAAGGCAGGCAACAGCCUUUCCACUCUUAAGAGCAUCCUAAGUCAGUAUGUGCCUGUCUCAACUUUGAAAUGUAUAAUGCUGUAAAAGGCAAGUCCAUUUUCUUACAGGUUUUCGCUAAGCCUUUCCCCGAGGAAAAGGAAGAUGUGACAAAGUUUGCCUCACCCUCCCCAUCCUUGGCUGGGUUUAGGUUUCUCACUCCAAAAGCUGCAUCUGUUGUUCCUGGCUAAAUAUCAAAAGAUAUGAACCUGACCUAGUCCCAGCUUUCUCCCCUGCCCACAUGGGUCUUUCCGCUUUACUCAACUCCCAGGCAUCAUCUACUUCUUUCUCUCUGUACCUUUCUUUGUGGUAACUGGCAGGACACAGCAGGAGUGUUCUAGAGCCAAAGGUCAUGAGUGCUAUUAAUGAUGGCUCCAGAGAGCAGCAGACAGACUGUCUCUGCAGGAGAUUCCCCUUCUUCAGGCCAGCACCUGUGUCAAGGGCUAAGAAUAGGAGCAGGAGCAGGCAAGGACCUAGAGACACUUGCCCUGGGAUGCCCCUGCUGCAUGGAGAAAAUGUGUAUGUCCAGGUAGGAGAUGCUGCCCUGGCUGGUCUCCAGCAAGAAUCCCUAGCCCCCUCCUCAAACUAAAGUCAGUCAGCAAUCUCUGUUCCUGCCUUCAGGGAGGAUGGCUUCUAGAACAUCACCCUCAAAUCAAGGAGGGAAGAUAGAUAUGACUUCCCUCUUGGUGACUGGGAAAGCACCUAUCUCUCUGUAACCUUUGGCCAUUUGUCACUAUGGAUACAGAUGAGCAGUUGGACAUCUGACUCUAAUCCAUCCUCAAUGUAGACCUGGGGUCCUCAGGCUUGGAGGCCUGUUUUACCUUCACACUUCCUAGGUGCUCUGCCUAAAGCCAGAAAGACCAGGAAGGGCCACAGGCUGAUGCAGGGCUCCACUGUGAUUAUGAAUAACUCACCUCUUGGUGCCUUGGUUUCUCCAUCAGUAAAGUGGGCAGAUCACGGCUGCUUUCCAUCCUGCUCAGAGGUGCUCCAGUGAUUCAGUCCGUUGCCUGUACUGAAGGAGUCUCAUAGGAAUAAGGGUGACCCUGUUUCUCGGGAACUAGAAGUAUGGAAAAGGAGGAGAUUGCAGAUACACUUGACACCCAGGAGCCCAGGGAGUGAGCAGGGAGGACAUGUCGACGGAGAUAGAGCCUUGGAUGCUCACAUGUGCCACAGCACCGUUAACUCAGUAUAGUAGCAUCCGACCAGGGACAUCUGGCCACCUGGCACCUGCUGGGCAUCUGUCACUUCUUAAGUCCCUUGAUGUUAGUUUUUCCUGAAUGACCAGAUAAAAUACAGGGGAAUGUGCUUCUGGAAAUGGCUAGUCACAGCAUGUCUGACAGACAUCAGAUGGGAUUGGCAAAGUGACUCUGGGAUGGUGUGGGAGGUGGCCAGAGCUCUUGGGAAGGGUCUCUUGCCUUUGCUCAAAUCCUCGAGGCUUCUCUUCUCAAAUGGACUCAUCAUCCCCAGGACUCACGCAGAGUACAGAGAGCCCCGCAUGUACUUUUUCAACACCUAUAUUGUCAGCUACAGAUGCUCAUGCCCGUCACGGGUCCUUCACCACUCCCUGGUGUGCUCUGCGCAGAGCCUGCAGGCAAAGCUUCAGAGAUAUGUGGGACCAGGGAGUGACAUGCAAUUGGUUUUCCUUUCUUUUCCUUUCUUUUCCUUUCUUUUCUUUUCUUUUCUUUUCUUUUCUUUUCUUUUCUUUUCCUUUCUUUCCUUUCCUUUUCUCUUCUCUUCUUUUCUUUCUAUUUUACCAAAUUGGGUUAUUUUCCUCCUCACAAUUUGAAUUGAAAAACUUAAGUUCAAUUUCUUUUCCUCUCCCUGACCCCCACCUCCCUUUUAAACUAUGGUUUGACUGUUAUCAUUUCAAAUACCAAGAUACACUUGGAACAAGAAAACAGACCAAUCCUAAGAAUGUCACUCUUCUUGGGACCUAACCCAGAGUGAGAGCAGGUGGGAGCAUGGAGGACAUUAGCACUCAGGGGUGCAGCCAUGAUACCAAUUCUAAACUUGUUCUGUGAACCUUCUUGCAAAAAGAGAAGUAUGGAAGUCCAAGUGCCCGUGGAUCAGUCAACCUAGUCCUGGGCUAGAUCUAUUCUGGUAUAGAAAUUCUCACCAAAAGUUACAAAAAGAAAGAAAUGUUGCUUUGUGAGACUUCCCCAGAGGAACAGAGUGCUCUCAAGAGCAGGUCUUGGGUGCUGCUGCCAAAUUCUUCUGCCCUUGACCAUGGAGCUCUGGGCUGACUCUCUUCGCACCUGCUCUGACUCUGGUCUGUGAGGUUAAUGCUAUUCGAUGCAAAGGACCAGCUGGCCACACUCUCAAAGUCAGUAAUAGCUCCUUUGAGUUUGUGUCUACGUGUGUGUAGUGAGGCCAACCCUGCUGGCCUUAUCUGUUCCCACAAGGUUUUUCAGAUGGCAACUGAAAGGAAGGAAUACAGAGACCCCCCAGCUGCGCCUCUGCCCUCAUCUGUGCUCAUUCUGAUUCAUGAAAGGAUCCUGCAGCAUUUGUAAACAGGGAUUCAGAAGAUGGACGCUUGGAGCCACGGAGAGCCUCAGUGGAUGAAUGGUAGGCAAGAGAUAAGGAUGAGGCAGGAUUCCGGAAGUGUGCUGAAGGAAUCUGUGUCCAGCUGGUCAGUGCUUCCAAUUCCCUGGGGCAGAAACAGCAGAGUGUAUUCUUUUCGAACGCAAGAAAUUGAUUUUACAGAGUGACAUCUUGAAGCAUUCUCUUUGUUUUAACAAAAGGGUCAGAGAAAGCAUUUAAAUCAAAGCAUGGUGCUUUCUCAUGGACAGACAGAUUUGCGUCAUUGGGAAUUGCAAGACUGCCCUUUUGGAAAUGUACCCAAGCCGAGUCACUCUGGAGCCAAUUUCUCUUUCUGUGCCAUGAGAAUAUUGCUUACCUACCUCACAGGGGUGUUGUGAGGGUAAAGCAGUUUAAGGUCUGGUAAAACACUUUGAGGAUAACAGUGUUAUAAUUACCAAGUUUUCUUUCUACUUAAUGCCUUUUCAGCACUAAUUGAGCACUGACUGGAUACGAAGUGCCAUGACAGAUGCAGGAAAAGGGAUCACAGGCUAAAUCCUCAUCCCUCUCAUUUAAGUAUAUUUUACAACGAUAACAGAGAAUAGGAUUACGGAGCUGUCUCAGUGUGGGGCUAUAUUAUCAUCUGCUCCCGGGAAGGCCACUCUACUUCUAGAGUUGAAAGGUGGCCUUUCCAUGCCCCGGCCUCUGUCAGAGAAUGCGUUCCUGAGAAGCUCUUUCCUCCCUUUGUGGAGAAAUGAAGGCAGGUGGGAGUUCACGCGCCCUGGGACAGUGCUUAUGACUUUGGUUCUGUUGUUGCAAGUAUUCCUCCCGGACUCAGUGUGGUGGCAGCUCUCUUCUCUCUUUAGAUCCAGAGAGUCCCUGUGGCUGUCCUGGAAUAGCUUGGUACUUUUUAGCUUGUUUGUUUCCUUGGAAAGUCUGGUACUCUGUUUGCUGGAAAGUCUUGGCUUCCAAAGAUGAGGAUAUUUGCCUGAAAACACAAUGUCUGACUGUCUUGUUUGCUUUUGCAUUCUGGUGGUGGGGGAAGAUGUUCAAAUCUUGCGUAAAACAAAGCCUGUUUAAAUUUCUCAUUUGCUUUCCCAUGUGUGUUGAGCUCUUCCCUUCCCAGCACAUGAUAUGGACUAAAUGUGUCUUCAAUGAAUAGCACAUCUCAAGUUGUUCAGGGAGCACUGUGCCACAGGUUCACUGACUUCUGCAGAGAACCCACAGCUUCUGAGAUGAGCAAGUAGAGGUUCCAGCCACAAAUCCAGGCCUUCUAGAAACACUCCCUGGCCUGUUAGCUUUGGAACUCCCAAUGUCUGCACGGGGGUGUCCCUGAGUCCCCAGAAACUCUCUUGCCAUGAGAGUCUCCUCAGAACCCAGUAGGAACAUCCUCUUUGUUUUAGAACCAAAGUGAAAUCAUCUAUUAUUUGAAAAUUGUCCUGUGACCCCAGUCUUUGAAGAAAGGAAAGAACUGCUGGUUUUUCCUUUGAGAAAGGAGAAGUGACAAAGAGAAAGGGGAGGCUAUUUGUCUUGAAGGAGGACCACAGAGGUCUGGAGUGGGUUUCCUUAGGAAGUGAGGGGUUCUAGAGGGCAUGUCCUUGUGCUCACAAUCCAGAGCCCAUGGCAGGGUGGCUCCAGUGUUGAGCCUUCUGAACUUCCAGCUGCUUCACUGUCCUUUCCUGGUGUGGACAAGCACUUCUCACCCCCUAUUGUUGAUUCCAAAAGACCUGUGCUGCCGGUCCUUAUGUAUGCCUCCUUCCAGCUAUCUCUCUUCCUUUCCCUCGCCAUUGCUGUCUUUAUAACCCCAGGUUGACAUGGGACUUAUUACAUCCAGGUGUAGUCAGUCCAUCUUUAGGCCCUGGAAACAUCAGUAGGACUUUUGUUGUGGCCAACCCCAAUUAUGAGUAAUAUUUCUGUUAUUUCUCCACAUCCACAGGCUAUUUUCUAGAAAAACAAAAGAACACCGCUUUUCUGUAAGUAUUAUAGAAAGGCUGCUCCAUGGGGUGUAAGGAAAGAUGGAGUUCAGCCCCUGAGAGGCAGCAGGAGACGCUCUCCUACUCUUCCUUGAUAAUGAUAGAUGUGCUACAGAAAUUAAUAUAUUAAGAAAACGAAGGAGAGAAGGAAGAAAAGAGGGAGGGAGAGGAGUGGGCAGGAAGGAAUGGGAAGAAUGGAAGGGAGGGAAAAAUAGAGAGACAGAGAGGGAGAAACAGGAGAUGACCCCACUAAGCUCUUUCUGUCAUCUCUUGGUAUCAUCAGGUUGUUGCCGUGGUAUUUUGUUCAAAGCAAAUAUGUAUCUGACCCUCUCCCGCAAGUUCCAGUAUUUUCUGGCUCGGCGUCUUCCCGAUAGCAAGUUCUGGUACAGGCCCCCUGCCUCACUCACUCUGAUGCUCUGGAUUCUCUUGAGCCUUUGGAACUCACCCCCACCCCCCGACACACACACACCAGAAGACUAGAAUCCACUUCCCUCAGAAUGGUGGCAAGCUGGGCUCAUUUUCUUAUAUUUGUGCAAGCUUUCCUUUUGGAGGUUCUUAUGUCAACCCAAUAACGGCCUGUGUGCUGCUAGCUGGCUCUUUACAGAGCUAAAGAAGUCAAACUCCUCGGGUAGUUUAGAGACUUGAGUGUAUACCAUUUUUAAUUUUCCUGAAGGGCUAUCCUCAGAGUGUCCUGCCUCACUGACCUUAUGUCCACUAUGGGCACUGGUGGUUUGAGAAAUGGGUUAUAGUCAUUCUCUCGGAUUUCAGUGGAGCAAAGUUGUAAUUAAUCUUUAGAUUCCAAGGGUUUACCCUACAGACCAAUGAGCAGGCGUCUCCUGUCCAUGAAAGGUGAAGACCUAGAACAGCAUUUCCAAGCUUCCACUGGUGCCUUGGACCAUCAUUCCUGAUUAUAUGAGGCCAGUGGCACAAACACCCCUUAUGCCCACAGGGCUUCCUUCCUCUCCCCUGUUCUUUCCUCUCCCUGAUGGCCAUGGUCAGUUCUUCCCCAAGAGAGGAUGUGAGUGGACUGUGGCACCCCAAGCUCAGCACAUGCCUCCCUCACCCUUGACUCUGCCAACACUAACCAUGAUCUCCACUAAGCAGAGCCAGUCAGCUGAACUUUCUAAACAUUCAGCUUCAUAGCCAUCUCUGACAACCAAACUCAGCACCUGAGACAGUGGAAAGGAGUCAGUUUCUAGCCCACAUUUCAAUGAAAUAUGCAUGGCUUAGAAGCAGCUUGGCCUGGGCAUCAGGAAGGGCUUAGCGGUAGGAUCCAUGUGUCCUUCGGUCACAUGGAUAGUGCACACGUAUUGCUAGUGUUUACCUUGAGAAGGAAUGGGGAGAAGCACACCAGGGGUGUGCAUUAUGCAAUUGAUGUACCCCCUUUGGAGGAAGACUAGAGAAGCCAUUUUUUGUCGAUGUUAAUACACGCCAAACACAGCCCAGGCCUGCCAUGUAGUUAAAGCAGAGAGGAAGGGAAGAUCUCAAAUGAUAAUCCAGACCUACAGGCUGGAAAUGAAUUUCAACUUGUCACCAUAGGCCAGCAUGCAGACCCCCAGUGGGAAAUCAUUAAAUGUGAGCUCUGUGACCUUUGGCCAAUUAUUAGCCUUCCUACUUAUCAAUUUUCUUCCUUCCAAAAAGGUUUGUUUCUAUUUUAAAAUACUCAAGACACCUGACUCAGAAACUGAACAUCCUGUAGAGCAGAGUAGAAUCUAACAAGUACACAGAAGUGUGGGCAGAAUCUAGCCCAUUCCACGGGAGGGAGCACAUGAUCUUGGAGAUGAAGAAAGACUUAGAGGAGGCAGCUUCCUAGCUGAGCCUGUCACUGGUUUCCAUCACAGUGCCCUGGCCUACAGCCCCUCAGUUCUGGUGGAUUCCACUUUUCACCCAGUGUCACCUAGGAGAUACAGUGAUGAUGACAAAGUUGGAUUCUUCUUUCUUGCUGCUACCUCCAGUGGCCAGGAGCAGUAGCAACAGCAGAGACAGUGCAGAUAUGAGCUUUCAGACACCCAUUGUCAUAAUCAGGAGUACUUGGGGCCAUAGGCAGAGGAAAGGCAAGGGGAAAAGCUUGAGGUUAGUUCCCAUCCAGAAAGACGUUCUAGAAACCCCAGGGAAGAGAAAAGGGAACAGAGAUCAUGUCACACAUGGCAGACAGACAGACUUCCAGUGCCAUGGCUAUAAUGGAAGCAAAUGAUGUGGGAGGAGUCUCAGGUGAAGAGUGAGCAGGUGACUUUUUUUUCUCCAUCCAGGAGGCUAUUGGAGAUUUUCCUUGUAAAUGGAGGACCUUUCUGUAGAAGGCUCUUGUUUGUCCCUUGCUGCUUGUGCCCCAAGAUGGGUUUGGAUAUACAGCUGGUAACACAGAAAGCAGCAGCCACCACUUACUUACCACCUACAGAAAUGAAAUUGCCACUUGAGGCUCAGCUAAGCACUAGAAUUUGCAAACCAUGAAGGCUAAACGUGCAGCUGGAGGAAGCAGAAGGAAAAUCAAAAACCACAGUUACAUCAGUGAGCUGCAGGGAUGGACUGCCAUGCCAUACUCCCAAUGUCACCAGCCAGCUGAGAGGUCCCUGGGCAGAGAUUGGUCCCAGGUCUCUCUAGCUAUCACCAUGGGCUUAGAUAGUAGAGAAAAAAAAAAAGACUUGUAGCCUGUGGGACCCACCAGCAUGGCCAGUGGACUCUUCUAUUCUAACACAGACUUAGAGCCAGGCAAAGACAGCCAUCAGUGAGGGCUCUGUACUGUGCCCCUGCAUCCACUCUCCAGUCACAAUGGAAGUACUCGUGCCAACCAGGAGUGUUACUUCCACCUGCAGUCAGAAACAGAAGGGGUUUACAGGGCCAGCAAGUACACUAAGGGAAAUUAAAAGGUCACUGUGUCCAUUCAGCAACACCUUCCUGAGUUUCCAGUGGCCUAUAGAAUCCUUGCUGUUCCAGAUGGCCAGUGAUGUCUAUUUUCUUAACCAGACUCUCAGGAUGGAGUAAUGUGGAUUCUAAGUCAAUAUGCAUGGUCCUCAGUUAUGUAGACACGUGUGGACGUCUAUACAUCUUUGGCAAUCUCCAUUUGGUGCUAUUUGUGGCUAACUGGAUGUGGAUGUAAUAGGCCUUCCCCACUCCUUCUCCUUCCCUCCCUCCCUCCCUUCCUUCUUAAUUAAUUAAAACCAAGUAACCAUGACACAUAGAUUUGCAUGCUCCCCCCUUUAAACAGGGGUUCGCUUCCAGUGUCUGAGGAUUUCCCUUUUAAAAUUUCAGUGAUCAGAAAUGUUUUUCUUUUCUAUUAGUCACUGGAAAGGAUGAUGUCAGGCUGUCAGGCUCCUGGCGCCUCUCUCUCGGCGAGCUGGGAUUGGAUGAUGUCCAUGGGAUGAGAUCUUUUGACUCAGAGGCUUUAAGGUCCUUGCUAAAUUUGAACAACCUGUCUGUGCCCCACCAUGGUGAGAUCAGAGCCGUAACAACACAAGAUUUAACUUCUUGAAACCCGUGGUGCCUUUUCUUGUGGUGCUUUUCCGUCAUGUAACUCCACUCAAGGUGGCCACUUGCAGCAAACAACAGUACCAGGACUUCUCUAUAGUCUUGUGUGUCAGUGUAGUCAGAGACGUGAGCGUAUACACGUGUCAGUCAACAUGGAUAGAGAUGUACCACUGUGGUUCUAUAAUUAUGUACUUGAGGUUCUGAUGCAGCUUUGGUGGGGGUUGAUCAUUCCUCUACAAGACUCUAAUGCUCCACUAGACCUUCUGGCUCUCUGCAGAGUAAUGAUCUUGGGGAUGGACGCUGACAGGUGAGAGGAGCUACCUGUCCUCCUGUCCCUGAGAUGAGCUCUCUUCCUUUGUGAAAGUUGCUGUCUCCGUGACACAGAACACUUGAUAAAGGAGCACAAGGCAGCUUCUUUUAAACUUCCUUUGGUGCUGAUAUUAAAAAAAAAAAUUCUUUGUUCAUUUUGCUUCCUUGCUCAUGGCCAGAAGCUGCUUUUCCAAAAAAGAAAAAGAAAAAAAGAAAAAAUCUCAACUCACCAAUCAAAGUUGACAAAGGAUGGUUUUGGGAAUAAGAGGUGAGAGGUCAGGCAUUCUUAAUUUGUGUCUAGACUCCAGACAGUCUCCUCUGUAACCUUCUUAGGUCUCUCAGACUCAGUUUCCCCAUCUAAAAUGGUUCCCAUACUAUUUCCAUACCUCACGGGGAAGACUAUUCAUUGAAUUGGCUGUUAGGGGCACAGUCAAUAAAUUGAAUUUGGAGACAGCAGCUUGACCUGACUUUGAGAUUCUGUGUGUAUGUCAUUGAGACUUUCACCCUGAGGCUUGGUUCGCUCCCUCUCUGCAGCUACCAUCACGGUUUCAUCUCCUCCCUCCAGGAAUACCUAUGGAUGGUGUGUAACUGAUGGAGAGUCUCUAGGCCGUUACAAGGGAACAUCAUUAAUGCUGUUUAAGGUGCUAGAAUCAAACCUCAUUUUAUACACUUUGGUUCUUAGAGAAAAAAACAUGCAGAAUUCUCUCUGUGAGGCCUUAUAAUAGAUUGUUAUAGCUGGUUGUUUAUCCAAAAAUGGAGAGGGAACAGAAAACACAAAGAAGAUGCAGAGACUUUGCAUAAACCAUAACUAAAAGACCUUUGUUGUUUCCUAUAUUAAUGUAAACUACCAUAUAUGUAUACACAUGUGUGUGCAUAUAUGUCUAUAUAUGCUGAAGGCAUAUAGCAAGAGUGGAAAUGUGUAUAGUAUUCUAAACUCUAUUUUCAGUUUUCCCUUGGUUUGUGACGUUGGGUACAUGUGUGUGGAAGAGAGUCUGCUGAGGGAUGGAUGACAGGUGCUGAAUGUGAAACAGGAAAUCCUCCAUCUUCUUUUCUGUUCCAUACCUUAUAGAAGGCAGGCUGAAUGACAGGAGAGAGACAUAAAGAAAGAUGUGAAUAUGCUUUCUCAUGUUCUGCACAUGGAUAUUACAUUUGGCUGUUGUUCAUUCUCUAUUUGUAUUGAUGACUGCCUAAGGUGUUCACACAUAACAUUUACCUCAAGAAAGCUUAAAAAAAAAGGCAGUUUUUUUUUCCUCUCUCAUUUCUUAAAAAGUAGUGACUCUCCCCUAACCAAAAUGUGGGGCAUUGCCACAGAGAGAUCAGUAAGAGAAUCAAACCAUUUCUGGUGCUUUUCUUCAUGCCUCGUCCCCAAUCCUCUCUUUUAACUGCUACUGUAAGCAAAAAUCUGAGAUCUAACUUUGUGUAAGAAGUAGUGUGGGGAUUCAGGCACGGUGUACUGGUGAAUCCAAACUUUGCUGGAACAGGCAGCAAUGGGUCUUUCAAAGGUUGGGGUUGGCUUGUGUGGUUUUGGUCUUUAGUGCUGGUGUGUGUGUGUGUGUGUGUGUGUGUGUGUGUACUGUAUAUGCGUUUCUGUGUAUGAUGUGUCUGAUGGACAGAGAACAAAAUACUGCAAACAGAAAUGAACAGAAAAUCAAAUCAAUCUAUCAGAUGCUAUUUCUCAGAUGAUGUACUCGCUCGCCUUGGUGAGAAGCCACUGUCUCACAGCUAUGCAAUCUUCCAGUUUCCCUCCACCCCCUUCACCUCAGAUUCCAAGCUGUUUUCCAUAUCCCUCACAGAUUGGUUUUUUUUUUUUUUUCUCUUUAUCCAAGAACCACAAUGACCAAUCUCUGGUUCAAGGUGAGCAUGCUACAGUGAUUCUUUGCCUGAAUUUAAGAGCUAACAACCACAACAAAAAGUUUUCUUUGCUUUCAUUUGAAAUGAUUCGAUGUACUAAUCCUGUUUGGUUCUGUACGCGAUCUGAUGUGCACUUUGUGUUUCUGUGUUUACAGUUUGUUUUCAUCCUCUUUGGUUCGAAAUGUUUAAUUUCCUUUAGAGACUCUACUUUUCAUGGUUUUGGGGAUGUAUUGACUUAAUUCAAGAAAAAAAAAUUUGGCUUAAGUGGAGCAAUGAGCCUGUGAUCUCUGUGGCUGAGGGCAGGGUGGCGGGUAGUGUGCACCAGGAGCUAUUACUGUAGCCCUACCAACCUGAUCCUGACACAGACCAUAGCUUGGAGCUGGUGUGCUCUGGGGAGGAUCUGACCUGUUGGAUGUUUCCCUUUCUUUAUUUGUGGCCAUCUAUAUGGAGUAACCUGUCCCCAGAGGGCCAAGUCGAACCUUCCACCUCAGCUUUUGGCCAGUUUCAUCUUUCCCAGAUAGAUGUCACUGCAUACCCACUGACAAACCUCACUUUUCUGUCCCCAUCCCCUGCCAACAUGGACAUCAACUUGCCUCUGUUUUCCCGUUGAAGCUAAUAUAAGUACAAGGGGACUCUUCAAGGGCCUGAAAGCAUAAAUGCUCAGGAAGUCAGCCUUUCAGUGUGUGCUGUGUGGUGGAGUGAUAUUCUAAGUAUGCUAGCUUCCAGCUCAUUGACAAUGUCUGUGAGGCUAAUUCAAGUGAACUAACACAGCUUCACAAGGUCUUGAGACGUAGUUAUAAGGAAGAAGAGAAUCCCCGGGUUCUAUAAAGCACAACCUAGGCAGGGAAAGCCCUGCAGGCAGAAGGCAGCUCCUCCCUUAUUUAGGCUGAGAAUGCACAAGUCUGAUUUUUGUUCGUGGUUUACAAAUCUUGCACAAGGUGGCUGAGCCAUCCAAGACAGUUUUUAACAGACAAAUUCAGACACUGCCUAACUGCUGUAGCACAAGCUGCUCCCUCGCUCUAACUGAUGGGAACAUAGAUGGAAUUCCUUGAGAUAAAGAAGGAGAUCAUUGCUUGCAUGAGAGUAGCAUAGUCUUUAGCAUUCCUCCUGCCCCCUCCCCCCGCAAUCUCCCUAUUCUCUUAGUUAUCAAGAGAUGCUUGAGACAUAUCCCAGGAACUUCUUACUCUUUCUUUCUUCUUCAGUAUCUCUUUGGACAUUGUUUUCUGGAGACUUUGAGGCCGCCCACCUAUAUAAACACCCCUCCCAGAAAUCCAUGCCAGAAUCUAAUCCAUCUGCAAGGUUUAGACCCCUUUCUCUCUGGACCUAUGCUAUCCAUGUUCAGGCCCAGAUAUGGCCAUUCAGAUACAAUGUUUCCAGGUCUUCCAAGAAAUGCAGGUUUGGGGCAAAAUGAAGAGAAGCCAGAGGGAAAAGUAUGAUGGCUGAGUCAACUCCUAACUCUGGGAAGGGACACAUAUUCCUGCCUUUGAGGUCUGUGAUGGCAGUGAUUCUCAGGGACUGUGUCUGUGGGUAUCAACUGUUCAUGACUAUACCCUGGCUGAGGAAGCGCCUGUCAGAAUGGGCAUGCCUUUCUGUAGUUUGUGGGCUGCCCUAUGGUAGAAGUGCCUACCACUAGGUGCCACUUGAGACAGUGCACUCGUGUACAUGCCAAGAAUGUCGAGGCUGGGGAAGCGUGUGAAGCCCAGAGUGUUCCCAGGAUGACUUAUCAAGGGAAGGAAGACAAUCAGGGGACAGCCAAGCUCUCAAGUUCCCCGUAGCACCAGGAAUCAUGCUGUCAGAGUAAUCCCCAUCAGGACCAUGGGGCAGUGUUAGCCAAUCGUAGCAGGAUACUUUUACAAGGUCAGGGAUGCUGACUUGACUAAGAGCAAGCAAAGCAAGAGACUGAUGCUGCUCCCUCACCUAGCUUGGUCCACCAAAAUCUUACAAGGCUAGAAAUCUCACUCCAUGUUACAGGCCAUGAAACAGAGACCCAUAAUGCCUUGAACAGGGUUCUAUGGUCAGUCAGAGGUACAGCUGAGGGACUACACAGUAGAUUCUGGUCUGCCUCAAGUGUUCACUCAUUUUCAGGCUCUUCCCGUAUCAUUUUUUUUCUUGUCAAAGCUCACAAUGAUUAAGUGGCUCACAUAGCCUGGUAGAGAGUGAGAUGGAUACCAAGAAAUCUGCCAUUUUGUUUCCAUCCAACAAACACAGCAGGAGGGCCCCAGGCAGGAAUCUGAGAAGGUGUCAACCUGAGGUGGGGAUGAGCAUAGGGCUGGAGCCAUGUCUUCUCCUGUCCUGACAUUUCUAGGCAGGUUACUUGCCUCCCAGGAGCUUCUGUUUUCCUGUCUCUAAGAAGCAGAGGUGGGGCUGCAGCCUCUAUGAACCAUGCAACCAGGUAACACUAGACAGCAGGAUGAGCAGUACAGUGCUGGAGAGUCUCAUAUAAUGAACUGAUGUGUUCAGACCUAGGAAGGCCAAUCAUGCUCCAAAGCUAAACCAGGGAAGGGAAGGCAUCAUGACAAGAUGGAACCAACUUAAGUGAGAAUCACAGCCUCCACCACUGGAGGCAGGAAACAGCGAUGGAGGGUAGCACGGGGAGCAGAAAGGGAGCCAGAGAAGUGGGCAUGUGGGGUACCUGAGAGGGGUUUGAAGGUGGGGAAGAUAAGACAGAUAUACCCUGCUGACCGUCUCAGUCCCUGCCACUGUAUGUUUGCAACCACAGCUCUCCCAGACCACUGCCUGGUAGCACUAUGACUCAGUGUACUUGUUUGGACACACAGUCCCAACUCUGCACUAAUCUGAAAGGUUGUCCAUCGUGAAAGCCCUUCCAUCCCAUGCACAGAGCUGAGUAUCACUGAACGGGACAUGGUAGGAUCUCAGAGUGUCAAGGAGACACUGUCAUCUCAGUUUUGUUCAUGACCUCUGUCACAGGUCUUCAAAGGCAAAAGUCACCCUUUCCUUUGUUCCACAUAGGAUACCAUGAAAUCAGAUAGUCUUCCUUCAGAACUGUCCCAAUGUUGCCUACUAUAGUCCCAGCUAUUUUCCUUGCUUUGCGUCCCCAGGGGACAGAGAUCCAGUAUUUGGGACCCUUGGAUAUACCCUUGGUCUUGCCUGGUCCAGGAACUCCUGAAGACAACAAUGGAAAUCCCAAACUCUCCUGGCCAUAUUCUCUGAAAAUGAAGUGAUCUGACAGAAAGCCCCACACCCAUAGCCAGGCUGGAGAAAUUGUCUGGCCUCACAGUGGCUUCUAUUUACAGGUGAAUUGAUUUUUAGUUCUUCUCUUACCUAUCCUGAUGUUUGAUGAUCAAAGUUCAAAGCUCGGCCUUCCCUGAUAUAGGCCCAGAAGGGCAAGAAGAGCCCUGGGAGCCACCUGGACAUAGAUUAAUAUUCAUAUCACCUCCAAAGCUUUGAGAACCUUGAGGUCUUCCCUUAUGCCUCAAACCAAUCCUCUUGUUGCAUUUCCUAAACACACAGCUCAACCUGGACUAUGCUGUCCAUGGACUAGGGAGUGUACUUAGCUUCAGAGAGAAAAAGAGGGUCUCCUGGGGUGCUUUCAAUCCCCAGGUCAAUGAAGCACAAACAUGAGGGACAAACCAAUUAACUUCUGGCCUCUCACCCUCAACCCCCCCCCCAAGGUCCUCCCUGAACACAUAAGGUUUCCUUCCAUCCCUUUUCCAUUGCUCCCCCACACACACACACACAAAGAAUCUAGGCAUUCCAUCAGGACCUCUCAGCCUUCCCUCUGGCCCAAGCCUGUCCUGGCCUUUAGCUGUCUCCAGUAUUUCUCAAUAGAGCAAAUGUCAUCCAAAGCAGGAUCUAGUCACAAGUGGAGACAUGUAUGAUAUAGCUCAUGUAUUAAACCAUCCACUGAAGUCUGGUUCAGUGUGAGCCCCAUAGUUAGAUGGGAGCUCCAGUCCCUCUGCACCUUUUGUUCUAAGUCUGUAGAGCUUUCUGGUCACAUACAACAUGACCAGCUGUUUUUUUUUUUUUGUUGUUGUUUGUUUGUUUUGUUUUGUUUUUUUUGCCAUAUGCUUGUGUCUGAGCUGACCUUUGCUGGUGAGCUGUUUUCAUGGUUCACCUAGCCCUGAGUCCUCCUCUCCUGCUCCUUCCUUCUGUCCUUGUUCCUAUCAUUUCAGGACAGAAGGUCACAGGAACUGGUCUCUGUCGUAGUCACUACCACUCCAGACAGUGACAGAGCAUGCAUAUAGUCAAGGCUGAAGGUGGUCUUCUGGCCCAUUAGCUUCCCCAUUGGAAGGCUUAGUCAUUGAAAUGAUAAGGGGAAAGGGUCACCUUGGGAUGCUAACUGGCAGGCACCUCUUGCUUCUGAGAGCAGCUGAUCCCAGAAAGGAGCUGGGUUUGUUACAGUUAGUGUAUGAAGGUCCCAAAGGCCAGCAGUCCUCUUCUUAGGAGCUACCACUGUGAAAGAUGCUUCAGGGAAUUAAAACCCCAUGACAUGUUCACCACUGGCCCUAACUGGGGAGCUCCUGGGACUGCCCCCCCCACCCCAGGUCCCAUGUGGUAAGAAGGCAGAGAAUAACCCUAUGGGACAGGUUACUCCUGAUUAGAUAAGCGAAAACUCCUUCCAGGGUAAGCAUAGAGAGCACAAAAGCAAAAUAACAACGACGACAAAGGAAAACCCUCCCCCCCCUUAAUUUUACCAGGGUUUGCAAUUGAACACAUUUGCUACUCUGACUUUAAAAAAAAGAAAUGUUUUUGUUUUUGUUUUUGUUUUUUUUUUCAUCUUGAAGCAGAUGUUCUUACUGGGACUUACUUUAGAGUCAGAGAUCAUUAGGCUGCUGCUGGCCUGGUGAAAUGGCUGACAUUGGUGGCCACAGUAUUAAGCCAAAUUUACAAUCUUUAGUCGCCUCCAUCUGUAAGUGUUCUGUAUCUACCUCAUUAUGAUUCUUUUGGUUUUCUGUGCUUCCGUGUUGUGUACAAUGUCAGAGGUGAAAUGUAGAUAAAAAUAUAUAUAUAUAAAAUAUAUAUUUUUGCUUUGCAAUAAAGUUCAAAGCUAUAACACAGAAUAUUCAUGAAAUGUCAUAGCCUUUUCUUGUCCUCUUGGUUGUGAACUGUCCUUGGGAGCCCUUUUGCCUAUUCACUAGAGUCAAUAUUGUUAUGUUGGCCAUUUGAUAAGUUAUUCUAUUUAUUUUCACUGUACUUUUUUUGACACAUUGAAUAAGACACUAGGAUUCUUGAACAACUCUUGGUUUCAAAGGUGCUUUAUUUCUGUGGAUGCAAGUGACCAAAUGGAAAGUCUCUGCAGACCGAAUCUUCUAGAGAGCAGGAUUGAUCUUGACACCUUUGCUCUUUGGGUUUAGAACUAAAGGUUUGUGCAUAGGGGGGAAAAGGACAAAUUGGUUUGUCUUUGGUUUUGUUUUGUGGUUGAAACCUUUUCUGUUUAUUUGUAUCCAAUAUAAUUAUCUUUUGUAAUCUCAACUUUGCGGCAUGGAGGACAGUCUACGAUGACUGCCUGGCUGUGUGGUCUGACACAGCUACUUUCCUUGUUGACAUUGAUUGCUAUUUUCUCUAGGUUGAUAUCAUGUUGUACUACUUGGAGGUGAACUGAUGUACCCAGCCUCCACUUCUUCUCUAAACCUUCUGGAACUCUCUUCCAUACCAAUGUAUUAAGAGGAAUGGUGCUUUGGAACCAUUUGGAAUGGUGUUCACAGUGCACAAGCCGGAGGCACCUAAGAACUCAUGGUUCCCUGGAGAGUCCAGGUGGAUAAUGAGACAGGUUCGUGAGAUCCUGACUAGAAGGUGGACUGUCUUCAACUUAUCCUGUUUAUCCAUGUGUUUGGACAAAAUAACCUUCAUUUCACUAAGCACAUCCAUGUUGCAAGCCCUGUAUAAUUUGUAUGCUUCAACAAUCGUUGUUUUUCCUGUGUUUUGGGCCAAAAACUAUGUAUGUCUUUUUUCAAAGUAAUUAAAUGUUCUUGAAAUGGGAUGAAGAAAGGUUUCAAAAUUAGGGGAAAAUAUCCUUAUAAAUGAUACUUCUGCUGAACUCUAGAGCUGUCCUACUAUUCCCCAGCUCUGAGGAGCUAGGGGGAAAGAUAGUCUAAUGGGGACAAAUGGCGAUCUCCCUAUAAAUGCAUACAAAGCUACAAGGAAAUGAAAACACCUUUGAUUCAAUUUCAUAUUAGGUUGUCUUUUUUCUUCUAAUGAUCAUAAGGAAUUGCUUGGUGUAUAUCAAUGGUUGACAUUUCAACUUGUAUUUGAAGGAGGUUUGUUUUGUUCUUUAACAAUGCUGGGCUAGCAUUGGAAACAACCAUGGCUACAAUAUUACACUCUGCUUGUCCCUGGCUUUUUCUCUUUUUAUGGUAUAAUGGUCUGUCCAUGAGUUAAAAUGCAGAGAAUGUGUAUACUGAAGGUGGAACACAUUGGUGUUGAUUUGGAGGGAAAACAUAAUGAUAAAUAUAUUUAUAUGUGUGUGUGUAUGUGUAACUAAGUGAGUGGGAGUAUAUGAUACACACACACACACACACACACACACACACACACACACACACACACACACGAGUACAAUAGCCAUGCACUUCCAAAGUUGAAUUUUGAUUCCUAGGGAUUUCCCACCUCACUGAGCUUUCUAUAAUUAUAAGAUUUCAUUGGAAAUAAUUAAAUAAUUGAAAGUGUUUGCUUAAAAAUUUUUCCUGUUCCUUCCCCCUUCCCUUCUUUCCUCCUGCCUGCCUGCCUGCCUGCCUGCCUGCCUGCCUUCCUUCCUUCCUUCCUUCCUUCCUUCCUUCCUUCCUUCCUUCCUUCCUUCCUUCCUUCAGCACUAGAAAGCACAAUUCCCAUUAUAACUUACCCUUUUGGUUCCAUAGCUACAGUAUAGUCCAAGGAGGAAACUGGAACUCCUUGUCUCUGCCUCUUGCCCUUCAUUUCACCCAAUACCAAGAGAAAGCAGAAAUGCCUGCUCAUGCCAAAUCACCUGUACAUGUGCUCUGUUCUCCAAGUUUUUCCAUGCUUAAGCUUCCAUUCCGGGAGAACCUUCUAGAGCUUGAAUACCAGUCUCCCUUUUCUUUCCAUGCAGGUUCUAGGCCACAGCCACCAUUGGAGCUGUCCUUCCUCCAUUUGGUAGAUACAGCAGAAGUCUUCGUAGCCAAGAGCACAAGGUUCAGAAUGUUUUUUGCGGGGUUUUCUGUUGUUGUUGUUGUUGUUGUUGUUGUUGUUGUCUUUUUAGAGGAAGAUCCAAUAGGCUUGGGUGAUGCUAAUAGUCAACCAAGGGGAAGACAUGGGUGAGACUUAUGAACAGAAAAGCCAGUUUUGUCCAUGCAGUGACCUCUUUGCUUCCUUAUGAAGAAAGGUUUCAAAAUUAGGGGAAAGUAUCCUUUAAAUGACACUUCUGCCAAACUCUAGACCUGUCCUACUAUCCUCCAGCUCUGAGGAGCUAGGGGGAAAGGUAGUCUAAUGGGGGCAAAUGGCGAUCUCCCUAUAAAUGCAUACGAUGUUACAAGGAAGUGAAAACACCUUUGAUCAAUUUCAUAUUAGGUUGUUUCUCUCUCUUUUUCUGAUGAUCAUAAGGAAUUGUUUGGUGUAUAUCAAUGGUUGACAUUUGGACUUAUAUUUGAAGGAGGUUUGUUUUGUUCUUUAACAAUGCUGGGCUAGCAUUGGAAACAACCAUGGCUACGUUACACUCUGCUUGUCCCUGGCUGUUUCUCUUUUUAUGGUAUAAUGGUCUGUCCAUGAGUUGAAAUGCAGAGAACAUGUAUACUGAGUGUAGAACACACUGGUGUUGAUUUGGAGGGAAAAUAUACUGAUAAAUAUAUUUAUAUAUGAGUGUGUCUGCAAUACUCUGACCUUCCUUCCAAGGGCUGCUUGUCAGACAAUUAAUCUAUUUUACCUCAAAGAACUUCCCUGCCAAAACAAUAUUCCCAUUGAAAAUUCAGCCAAUUGACCACUAGGAGUAUUUUCCAUACCAAGCACAGAGCUAGAAUCAUAAGGAAUCAACACGUAAAACAUAUUAUAAGGCAUUUAAUAGAAGGGGUAAGAGUUGCACGCAAACCCUAUCAUACCACAGGAAACAGAGCACAAGAGAAGUGUACAGUGGAGUGGGCAUCCGUAAAAAGAUGGUGUUUCCAAGCAGAAGUAUAUGCAAAGACUUUGCUAAACAGAAACUGAACAGAUAGCUUAUACCAUUAGAUCAGAUUUUGAAGGGUUUUAGGAUGCAUGGAGAUGGGCCACUAGGGUUGACUAUGACCGAGGUCAGGUAUUAUGUGUUUACUUAAGAUUCCUUUCUUCCUGAUGAGAAUGCAUUCUGAUCUCCAGCAUGCACCAGGUGCAGCUUUCUUCCCAGAACUGGGAUUGCCAAUUCCAAGUGUAGCCUAGCCUUGAGGAUUGACCUUGGCCUGAGCAUAGCCUGUGAGAUGCAGAGGGUGGCACUUCUAGCACUUGAACUAGAGCAACAGCCAUCAAACUUCCUCCAUUUCCCUUAGUCUUGCUUCUUAUGGUUAUUCUCUCCUUAAUCUUCCUACAAUAACAAUUGUUACCAAUCCACAAUCCAGGGUCUUUUCAGCAGAUAAGAACCCAUCCCUGUCAGCCUAGCAUCCAUCCAGAAAUGAUGGAUUGCAACUUCAUAUGAGUGUUUUAAGUCCUGGGCUUCAGGAGAUUAAAGUUGAGCAUCCACCUCACUUUGUACCUACUAAGUGGCAUUAAACCCUUGCUCACCCCCACAAACAUCAUACCUCAUGCCCAUGUUGUCCUCUGCAGAGUGUGUGGGCAAAGUGUCCCCACUUAUAUCUCAUUCAUGCUGACUGGGAUUUUGCUUCCUUUUGGUUUGCUAAGUGAGUGCCUAUUUUAUUUAGUGGACACAAACUCUUGUCUUCAGAUUAACCUUAGUACCUAAUGGAAUACACCACAGCUUUAUUUUACAGAGGAAAAUAAAAUGUGGGUGGUUGAAUACCCUUCCCUGAUUCCCUCAAUUAAUAAGAGAGAAAACCAUAGCACAUGAUUAGCUGUCUUGGGCAAAACCCCCUCAUCUUUCCCACCUCACCUCUGAUCACACACCCCCUUCUUGAUCAAUGGGUUCUUUGCCUUCUGUUUCCUUCUGUUGCCUAAAGGAACUGUAAAGGUUCAUUCCCCAGAUAAACACUCCUGCAACAGCCACAACGGCUUUACUGAUGAAAUGCUGAAAUGGCCAAGAGAAGAGGUUGAAUAACAUUUAUUUGGGCCUGACAGAUGGCAACAAACCUAUUUCCCUCACAAAGAUUUUUCUCCUGAUAGAAUGCCAACACAGAAUCUAUAAGUACCUACUUCAUUGACCAGUUUCUUUUUAGACCUCUCCCAGGAGGCCAGUUUUUAAGGAUCACCCCCACUCAGCAGAGAAGGAAGGGGUCAGAACAUUGAGUGACACCAUUGUUUUGGGAGAACCCACACUGCUAAACAGAAACUGAGCAGCUUCUGCGGGUCUGAAGGGCUGGGCUCUUGCUUUGCUUCAGGCACAGCUGUCUUUGUCUCAGACCUCCUAUCAGAACCAACAACUAUUUCUUAUGAGGCUAAAGGAAGAGCUUUGUUUUCCUUAGGAUAAGGGCUCCACCAGAUUCCUAAAUCUCUGACCAGUUAACACAGUCUACUUUCAACUCAGUCUUGCUACUCACUCACUAAUGCCCGACAGACAUCCCAAGCACUUGACUAGACUCAUCCCCAAGUUAUGCACAGUCUGUUGGGAGGAAAUCCAGUUCAAAGAGAUUGAGCAAAAGUGGUGCUCUCUGGGUUCAAAGGACAGGAAGAUGGUCUGACACCACCGAGUUUCUAAAACAGAGGUAGUGUCAUGGUUUUCACGAGCUCUAUGCCUCCCCUUACUGGUGAGCGUUCCUCAUGGUUCUCAGUACCUCCUGAUUUUGGAAUUAUGAACAUUGAUGAGGAAAUGAACAUGAUGUACUCCAUCUUCUUCCCUGCUCUAUUCCAUGAAAGUCCCCAGUACUGAGUGCCAGUGCUUGUCUCUGUAGACCAUUUAUAGAGGAACUGCAAGGGCCCAAAGAGCCCUUCUCCAAGAUGAUACUCACUUAGGAAAAAAUGUCUCAACCAAGAAAAAAGACAAAGAGAGUGGAGAGUGAUAACAUGAACUUUCUCUGAACUAGCUUCUCCAAGAUAGGGGAUGGUUGCUUGUACCCAAAUUGUGCUAAUAUUGAUCCCAAGCUGGAAGAAUGAGCCUCUCCAUUCCCUCACCUCCAGGAGAAAUGAGACUGUCACUAUGCCUUGUUAACUGUCAUUCUUGACCAUCAUGCAUUCACAUCCAGAGACCAUAGGCCUCUGUCCUGAGCUGUAGGGACUUACAGAGGUCAUGUAAAUCUAUAUUCUAUGAUAGGGUUAUGGUUACUUAGAAUAAGGGAGAAGAAUAUUCUGAGGAUCAGCUAGACAGUGAGGCCUUGCAUUAUUCAGCCAACUUUCAAAAGCUCCCUGUGAACUCAGAAGCCAUAGGCCAGUCCCCCAGUAGCCUUUUGGGCCCAAACUGUUUGCUACCGAUUCCUUCUUUGCCACUGUUCUUUCCUAUUGUCAUGGCCAAUUCCUAGAUCUCUGCUACAGUACUUUAUUAAGUGUUCUGAACUCAGUGUGUAUCAUUGUCACUACAUUAAUUACCAAUGCC